CGUUGGUUUACAGAAGUUGACGCAUUCCGCAGUCCGCUUCAAGCCGCCGAUGACCGAGCAGUCGACGUCGCCCAAGCAGGCGAGCUCAGCUGUGUAUGGGACGCUGCGAUCGCCCGGCACCGUGGGCAUCGAUAUCCACCCCGACGAGCGCCACGUCGAGUUCCACCUGCGCUCGAUGGACCGCGGCGAAGACAUUGCGCUGCGCUUCCGUGGCGACCGCAUCCGCGUCGACGAGACCAUCUCGGGGUCGCCGCCCAAGGACGUGUACGAGAUCCGCAUCUGGCGGCUCAUCGAAGGCGUCUUCUGCUUCCUCAAGGACGUCUCGCUCUACCAAGUGCGCCGGUACAUCAAGUUUAUCAUUAUCUGGCAGUCGAUCUUCUGCACCGCGCGCUUCAUCCCGAUCCUGCUCGGGUACUCGUACCUCUCGACGAUCCCCGUCUUCCUUCUCUACAUUACCCUGGUCUUUGGAUGGCACGGGGCCAACCACUUGGUGGCCAAGUACCUCCUCUUCUACAAGAUUGGCAUGCAGCUCACCCUCGGCAUCGACGUGCUCUGGUACAUCAUGCGAUGGAACGGGUCCUUUGCGCCGAGGGACAAGAACUCGGCGGCCAUCUCGGUCUCGCGCUCGACGGCGUUGUGGAUCCAGAUCUUUAUCUCGGUCUCGGUCUUCGUCUUCAACUUUUUCGGGCUCUUGUACGGCUGGAAGCUCCGGCGCAUCGUCAAGUCGGUGCAGCACAAGCGCGAGUGCGAGCAAGCGGCGUUCGUCGCCGCCGAGCCGCCGCCCACGACGCGCCCGGCUUCUCGUUCGAUGCUGCCAACGUCCGCAGGCGACGUGGUGCCGGACGAGAAGCGCAAGGUGACGGCAGGCGACGCCAAGGGCUUCUCGUGCCCCAACUCGAUCCACACGAGCAAGUACACGCUCUGGAACUUUGCCUUUGUCUUCUUCCACAUGCAGUUCAGCCGCCUCGCCAACGUCUACACGUGCAUCGUCGUCGCUCUCUGCUUCUUCAGCUUCUCUCCUGUCGACCCAGCCUCGAGCUUGCUUCCGCUGCUCAUCGUCUUUGCGACCGCAGCGAUCAAGGACGUGUCCGAGGACCUCCGGCGGCAAAAGGCCGACCGCGACGUCAACUCCAAGCCGACGCACGUCCUGCGCAGCAACGGUCAAAUCGAGCUGCUCCAAUGGCAGCAAGUCCAGGUCGGCGACCUCCUCGUGCUCUACGAAGGCGACGACAUUCCGUCCGACUGCCUCUUGCUCGCGACGGGGUCGGACAAUGGACUCUGUUACGUGCAGACAGCCAAUUUGGACGGCGAGACGAACCUCAAGAUCCGCCAGACCGUGUCGCAGGACCUGGACCUGGAGUCGAUCCCAGGGAUGCCGAUCACUGUGAGCUGCGACCUCCCGAGCAAAAAUAUGUUCGAGUGGUCGGCGUAUGUGACCCUUGGCGACGUGAACCUCCCGGCGUCCAUGGACAACCUCCUCUUGCGGGGCAGCGAGAUGUGCACGGCUGGAUGGACCGUCGGCCUCGUCGUCUACACGGGCGCCGAGACCAAGAUUGCGCUCAACGCGGCGAGUCCGGACGCCAAGAUCAAGCGCACGCUCGUCGAGAAGACUCUCGACUCGAUGUUCGUCGUGAUCCUUGUGCUGCUCUUCUCGAUUUCGAUUUCGUGCACGCUCGGCAACAACAACUGGAGCUUCGAGGUCGACUCGAAGAAGAGCAAGACCAACAAGGUCGCGGCCGUGGUCGCGCCCUACUACCUCGGGCCUGCGACCAACGACUACAUCUUCCUCAGCUACAUCAUUCUCUUCAACAACCUCAUCUCGCUCUCCAUGUACGUGACAAUGGAAGGCGUCCGCUUUGUGCACGCGCGCUACAUCGAGAACGACCUGUGCAUGUACGACGCGCCGACGGACACGCCAGCACAAGUGCGCAACAGCAACAUCAACGAAGACCUCGGGCAGGUCAAGUACAUCUUCUCCGACAAGACGGGCACGCUCACGCGCAACGAAAUGGUCUUCGCCAAGUGCUCGAUCGCGGGCCUCAAGUACAACGACGCGCCCGAGGACGAAACGAUCGCCAAGCCGCCGCGGCCUGGCACCCGCUUCAACGACCCGCGGCUUCUCGCCCGCUACGACACCAACCACGCGACAAAGGCCGACAUUCACGAGUUCCUCGUGUUGCUCAUGCUCUGCAACUCGGCGAUCCCGCAGGUGCAGGACGACGGCAGUCUCCUGUACCAGUCGUCGUCGCCAGACGAACAAGCGCUCUGUGCUGCUGCGCGGGACCUUGGCUUCUCUCUCGAACGGCGGUCGGGCGCGACGUGUCACGUCAACAUCCGCGGCUUGGAGACCUCGUACGAGAUCCUUCACGUGCUCGAGUUCACGUCGGACCGAAAGCGCAUGUCGGUGCUUUGCAAGAAGAAGGACGACGACACGAUCUUCCUCUACUGCAAGGGCGCCGACGACGUCAUCCUCGAGCGCCUCGCCGACGACCAUGCGCAGGGUGCCGUCGUUGUGACGCGGGGCCAUCUACAGGAGUACGCUGCGCAAGGCCUGCGCACGCUCACGACGGCUGUGCGCAUCAUCGAUCCCGAGACGUACGCGGCGUGGCGUGCGACGUACGAGGCGGCCGAAGCGAUCAUGGACAAAGCGGCGCUGGACGCGGCAGCCGAUGCAAUUGAGCGCGAGCUGCGGCUCCUCGGCGCGACGGCCAUCGAGGACUUGCUGCAGGAAGGCGCCGAAGACUGCAUCUACGCGCUCCGGAAGGCCGGCAUCAACUUUUGGGUGCUCACUGGCGACAAGAAGGAGACGGCUAUCAGCAUCGGCAUGUCGUCGCAAGUGAUUGACGAUACCAUGGACGUCAUUGUUCUUGAUAAGAAGGACAAGGCGUCGUUGACCGCGACGCUCGAAGAACUCUACGUACACUUGGUCGAGGACCAGCGCUGGGACACGAAGAAAGACGACUCGAUGACGCACGUGCUGCUGCAGACGCUACGCCGCGUGAUUUCGACCGCGUACAACAACCUCAUGGCUGCCAUCUCGGGCAAGUACGAGCAGCGCCGCACGAUGAAGCGCCGGAAGACGCGUCUGCGCCUCUCGGCCGAGAAUGGCACUGCGCUCAACUGGGAGGUGUACCCACCACGGCAGUCGCUGACGUCCAACCCCAACGCCAGCGAGUUGCACGACGACGACGACGACGACAUUGACGACGAUCCGUACCUCGAGGCGGUCGACCUCGAGUGCAUGGACGGCGAGGAGGACGAGAACGUCGAGUACGCCAUGGUGAUUGAUGGUCGCACGCUCACGAUGGUGCUGGAAAACGACAUCAAGUACCUCUUCUUGGCCGUCGCGCAGCAGUGCAAGUCGGUCAUCUGCUGUCGGUGCUCGCCGGCGCAAAAGGCCGCGGUCGUUCGCCUCGUGACCGAGCCGACGCUGCUAUGGACGCCGGGCAACAUUACGCUCGCGAUCGGUGACGGUGCCAACGACGUGCCCAUGAUCCAGGCGGCGAGCGUCGGUGUCGGCAUCGGCGGCAAAGAAGGUCGCCAGGCCGUCCUCUCGAGCGACUACUCGAUCGCGCAGUUCCGGUUCCUCAAGCGACUCCUCCUCGUGCACGGCAACUACAGCUACAAGCGUAUCGCCAAGCUCAUCUUGUUUUCGUUCAUGAAGAACAUUGCUCUGUCGCUGAGCAACUUUUUCUACGCGCCGGCGGCCAAGUACUCUGGUAUCCUUACGUACCCGGGCAUUUGCUUUACGAUGUACAACGCGCUCUUUACGACGAUCCCGAUCGUGUUCAUCGCCAUGUACAACCAAGACGUGCCGCCGACCGUGCUCAUGCAGUACCCGACCUUGUACCGCAACGGCCUCGAGUCGCGCUCGUUCAACUGGACGAGCUUCUUUGGCUGGUGCUGCCUCGGGCUCUGGCACGCGUACCUCGUGUACGUCACACCCUUUUGCUCGGACGGCAACUCGAAAAACUACUUUGACGGCGAAGAGCCCGGCAUUCUCCUCUACCACGCGGAGCCGCUGGGCCUUGCGGCCGACGGCAUUGCGGGCUACUCUUACCUCAUUAUGGCGUCCAUGUUCCAAGUCGCGCUCCUCACGAGCAACUGGACCGUCGCGAACGCAGGCGCAGUCGUCGGCACGACGCUCUUUUACUUUCUCUUCAUUUGGUUUUUCACGUCCAUUUACGGCUGGACCGAGUGGGAUGUGCUCGAGACCGACGAGUACUAUCACGCGUUCACGAUGCUCGCGCAGCAGCCGUGGUACUGGCUCGGCAUGCUCAUGUGUUGCGUCGCGUCUGUGUUGCCCAACUACAUCCUCAAGGCUGGCCGCGUCCUCUUCUACCCGGAGCCGUCCCACCUCAUGCGCGAGUGGAACAAGAUCCCGAUCGAGCUCCACGCGCCGCCGCCGCCGACCUUCCGCAGCGUGCCGCCUUCGCACCCGCGCAAUCAGUCAGGCUUUGCGUUCUCCCAAGCCGAACCGCACACGGACAAGUAGGGACCGAGGAUAUACCCAUGCGUUAGGGCUAGGACUAGCAACUUUAUACUAUAAUAACGGCAAUACUUUCAAG